UCGCAGUCAGUGCGGAUGUCUUCACAGAGUCGCUCUGAAACGCCACAACUGCCGCAAAUACACACAUUUCGAAGCACAGGUCAAUUUUCCGUCUCUGGAAAUGAAUUUGUCCUCCUUGAUAAUCGGGACGCUGCUAUUCGGCGUGUCCGCGGCCUUCACUCGAGUCUACGAGUGGAACGAAAAACAAUUUUCGAAAGAAGUGCCUUCAAAAGUGGUUAUUUACGGCGACAGGAUUUUCUUCGGCUUUCCGAACAAUAGCUCAAGCGGAACUAAAGCUCGUCUGACUUUCGCGUGGAUGCCUGGCGGUGACAAGAGCAACCUUUCUCCCUCUUUGCACCCUCUUCAGGAACAGUUUGGUGAAAAUUGCGACGCAGUGCAGAGCGUGAUUGACCUAGAAACGGACGUAUUGGGCCGGCUGUGGGUGCUGGACGGAGGAUCCCGGAACUGCCAGCCGACCUUUCGGAUUUUCGACCUGAAAAACAACGACUCCCUUUUGCUCGUCCACCCUCUGGCGGGAAGCCCGAGGAAUAUAGUCGCGAUUGCUGAUGGGGUGGCCGACAAGGUGGCCUUGGUCUCCCAAUGGAAUGGAAAAUAUUUCUCUUUUGCGUUGAACGAAAAUAAAACGAUGCCCUCAACUCCAAAGACUGGCAAUUCGUAUCAGGAUUGGGAUUUCAAGGACCUCGCUUGGGUGCUCUUUUCACCGCUGAAAUAUGCGACUGCCUACAUGUGCAGCUACCAGUGCCGGGAAAUAUUCCUCGCUGACGAUUCCACGACGCCAACCACCGUCACGCAAAUUGGCGCUUUGUCUUCCGACUCGAAAGGGAUGCUCAUGGACAGCAAGGGAGUUUUGUACUUUGUCCAGGAGAAGGAGAAAAGGGUUACCGCUUGGGACUCGAAAAGUCCGUUCAAGGAGGAGUUACUGCACAAGUUCGAGUCAGACGUGGACUCGAUUAACUUUGCUCUGGACCGUGCUGAUAACCUCUGGCUGCUCUCGCACGACGCAAGCAGCCGCUUUUUUCUUCUCAAAGGCGAAUACAAGCACAAACAACAAAUAAAUAGGUCCAUGGCGAUUCUCCAGGAGUUUAUGGCUGCAUUUGAUAAAAUUCUUGGUUUUAAUACUGGUUUUCGUUUUUAAAAUGUCGAUUUUUUUCAAAUUACAACAGUUGAUGGGAAA